GCCCAGACGCCUGCUCACUUGCCGCCAGCUCAGCCCCGCCCCAGCCUGCCCAGUUCAUCCUGCCACCAAGGGCAGCAGCUUCUUUAGGCUCUGGGCGGCCGGCAGGCCCAGUCGUCCUGCCUCACCACUCCACCUCGGAGGCUGGUCCUGUCCACUACUCCCUGUGCCUGGCUUCCCUUGCCUGUCUUGGGCCCCCGUGUGGCCUCCCCUCCGUGUCCAGGAUUGAGUGCCCCUCUUGCCUCCUGAAGAGCAGCCAUGGCCACCUACAAAGUCAAGGUGGCCACGGGCACUGACCUCUUGUCGGGAACGCUGGACUCCAUCUCACUGACCAUUGUGGGGACCCAAGGAGAGAGCCACAAGCAGCUGCUGAACCACUUUGGGAGAGACUUUGCAACUGGGGCCUUGGAUGAGUACACCGUGCAGUGCCAGCAGGACCUGGGGGAGCUCAUCAUCAUCCGCCUGCACAAAGAACGCUACUCCUUCUUCCCCAAGAACCCCUGGUACUGCAACUAUGUGCAGAUCUGCGCGCCCAGUGGCCGCAUCUACCACUUCCCUGCCUAUCAAUGGAUGGGUGGCUAUGAGACCCUGGCCCUCCGGGAGGCUACUGGAAAGACAAGAGCAGAUGACUCACUCCCCAUCCUCCUGGAGCACAGACGAGAGGAGAUCAGAGCUAAGCAGGACUUCUACCACUGGAGGGUCUUUGUUCCGGGCCUACCCAACUACGUGCACAUUCCCAGUUACCGCCCUCCUGUCCGUCGGCAUCGAAACCCCACCCGGCCUGAGUGGAACGGCUAUAUUCCAGGAUUCCCGAUUCUCAUCAACAUUAAGGCUACCAAGUUCCUGAACUUAAAUCUGCGUUACUCCUUCCUCAAGACAGCCUCCUUCUUCUUCCGCCUGGGGCCCAUGGCACUGGGGUUCAAAGUCCGCGGCCUGUUGGACUGCAAACGGUCGUGGAAGAGACUAAAGGACAUUCGGAAAAUAUUCCCUGCCAACAGGACUGUCAUCUCCGAGUACGUGACCGAGCACUGGGCAGAGGACAAAUUCUUUGGGUACCAGUACCUCAAUGGCAUCAACCCAGGCCUGAUCCGCCGCUGCAUGCGGAUCCCAGACAAGUUCCCCGUCACAGACGACAUGGUGGCCCCGUUUCUGGGCGAAGAAACGUGCCUGCAAGCGGAGCUAGAGAAGGGGAACAUUUACCUGGCAGACUACCGCAUCUUAGAGGGCAUCUCCACCGUCGAGCUCAACGGCCGGAAGCAGCACCACUGCGCCCCCCUCUGCUUGCUGCACUUUGGCCCCGAGGGCAUGAUGCCCAUCGCUAUCCAGCUCAGUCAGACCCCUGGGCCUGAUUGCCCCAUCUUCCUGCCCAGCGAUUCUGAGUGGGACUGGCUGCUGGCCAAGACAUGGGUGCGCUAUGCUGAGUUCUAUACCCACGAGGCCAUUGCCCACUUGCUGGAGACCCAUCUCAUUGCUGAGGCCUUCUGCCUGGCCAUGCUGAGACACCUCCCCAUGUGCCACCCCCUCUACAAGCUCCUCAUCCCCCACACCCGAUACACCGUCCAGAUCAACAGCAUUGGGCGGGCCCUUCUCCUCAAUGAGGGGGGGCUCUCCGCCAGGGGCAUGUCACUGGGCCUGGAGGGCUUUGCUGAAUCGAUGGUACGGGCUCUGUCAGAGCUCACCUACGACAGCCUCUACCUCCCCAAAGACUUCGUGGAGCGUGGGGUCCAGGACCUGCCUGACUAUUAUUACCGUGAUGACAGCUUGGCAGUGUGGGGUGCAAUAGAGAGGUAUGUGACAGAGAUCAUCACCUAUUAUUACCCGAAUGACGCAGCUGUGGAGGGUGACCCAGAAUUGCAGUCCUGGGUGCAGGAGAUAUUCAAGGAGUGCCUGCUAGGACGCGAGAGCUCAGGCUUCCCUACAUGCUUGCGAACGGUGCCUGAGCUGAUCCGAUAUGUGACCAUAGUCAUCUACACUUGCUCUGCCAAGCACGCAGCUGUCAACACAGGCCAGCUGGAGUUCACUGCCUGGAUGCCCAACUUCCCAUCAUCCAUGCGGAACCCACCGAUGCAGGUUAAGGGGCUGACCACUCAGGAGACCUUCAUGGACACACUGCCGGAUGUGAGGACCACCUGCAUCACGCUGUUGGUGCUCUGGACACUAGGCCGGGAGCCUGAUGACAAGCGGCCCCUGGGUCACUUCCCGGACAUCCACUUCGUGGAAGACGCCCCGCGGAGGAGUAUGGAGGCCUUCCGCCAGCGCCUGUCCCAGAUCUCACACAACAUCCGCCAGCGCAACAAGUGCCUCCCCAUCCCUUACUACUACCUGGACCCGGUACUGAUCGAGAACAGCAUUUCCAUCUAGGAUGGCCUUUCCUGCCUCGCCUCUCCCCGCCCUGCACCCUCCUGUUUUCCAAAAAAAAGUCCACUUCAGA